UUGUCAAUGCAGAAUUUAUGCAAAAUGCAGUUUAUGAUUGGUUCAUGAAAUUAAAUGCAGGCAAUGAAAGAACAACGAUAAUCAUAAUAGGAAACUGCACUGAACAUCGUGUUUUCCACGGGGAAUUUUUAUAGAUUUUGGGGUUUUAAUUGUGUUUUUUGUAAAUAUCUUUGAAUUAUUAAAGUGCAAAAUAUCUAAGUUUUUCUAUCCUUGGAUUCUAAACCCACCUGAAUAUACUGUAAUCUAUAUCAAUGCGAAGUAAAAUAUGAUAAGUGCUAUCUUAAUAGGACUUAAUGUUAAUACAACGUAUAAUCAUUGUUGUAAACCGCAAAACGCCCCUCAGUAAGUUCCAACGUAUUCAUUUCGUACCAAAAUUAGUAAACCGCUGCAGAUAUUCUCAUUUCAAAAUGUCUCAAUGCCAAGCGUUAUUGCUCUCUUCCUCUAAUUGUCAUGGAUACUCCAUGUUGGAGUUUGCUAAAGAAGAAAUAUGCAAUCUCUUAGAAAAGAAUAAUAUUGAAGAUUUGCUGUUUGUACCUUAUGCGCAAAAGAACUAUGAUGAGUACACAAAAAAAAUAACAGAGGUUAUAGAACCUUGGGGCUUUUCAGUCUCUGGUUUACAUACAUAUGCAGAACCUAUGGAAGCAGUCAAUGAUGCUCAAGCAAUAUUCAUUGGUGGUGGUAACACUUUUAUGUUACUUGACACCCUUUAUAGCCAUAACUUAGUGUCUCUUAUUAGAGAGAGAGUAUUUGAAGGGAAAUUGGUAUACAUAGGAAGUAGUGCAGGCACUAAUGUGGCUACCACAAGCAUCCAUACAACUAAUGACAUGCCUAUAAUAUAUCCACCAUCUUUUGAAGCCAUUGGUUUGGUUCCUUUUAACAUCAACCCACACUAUAUUGAUAAGAGUGAAAAUGAAACUCAUAAAGGUGAGACAAGAGACCAAAGAAUUGGUGAAUAUAUGGAGAUGCCUCAUGCCAAAUCAGUUUUAGGAUUGAAAGAAGGUUCCAUAUUACAUAUUGAUGGGGACUGUCUAAUAUUAAAAGGUGUUGCUGGUGCAGUCUUGUUUGAAAAAGGAGGGAAGAAAACAGAAUAUAGUACUGGUGAUAAUGUAUCAUUUUUAUUAGAAGAGUGAAGCUAUAGUUAUAAUACUACAUGAGUUUUAAGAGAAUUAUUAUAAAUGUUUAUUAGAAAUCAUGUUAAUGUAAAGUAUACACUAUUCUAUAAAAAUAUGAAUUUAUUUGUCAUAUAUUUUACACUUAUAAAGACUUUAAAAAGCAUU